AUGGCCGCCAACAAAAAUCCGCAAGACUGGCUCCAUAAUGGCCUCUACAUCCAACUGGCCAGCGAGAGGGAGUUCUUCGAAAUGGCCAAACAUGCGCCCAAUAUUGUGCUGCUGUUCCAUCGUGCGGGCAAUCGACAUUGCCGCAUCAUGGACACACACCUGAAGAUCCUGGCCGCCAAGCAUCGGGAGGCCAAGUUCUGCAAACUGAACAUCGAGAAUGCUGAAUUUCUGCACAAACGUCUGCGCAUCGAUCAUGUACCCGAGACUAUGCUGGUAAAGGACGGAAUAGUGGUGGGCUUUAUUGUAGGCUUUCAGGAGUUGGGCAAUCGUGAGAAUUUCUCCACGGCGAUGCUCGAAUGCCGCAUCGCCAAAUCUGGCACUAUUUUCUAUAAACCAAACAAAAAGCAAAGGGACAGCUGCAAAGCGCGCAAAGGAGGGUAA